CAUUGCCCAUCAAGGUCUUUCCUUUGAAUAACAAGGCUCAUGAUUCAUGAAGAAACACUACAACACCAUUCUCUCACUGUUGGAAACAUGCAAAUCCAUGAGUGAAUUGAAACAAUUACAUGGGCUUAUGAUCACUACCUCAGUUUUUAAGAAUGUGAUCCCAUUAAGUAGGCUUGUUGAUUUUUGUGCAAAUUCUGAGGCCAGAGACCUCAUUUAUGCCAAGUCAGUUUUUCACCAAAUUAAUCAGCCUAGUGUCUAUAUCUGGAACUCCAUGAUCAGAGGCUACUCCAAUAGUGAAAACCCAGUUGAGUCUUUGAUAAUGUAUAGAGAAAUGCUGCAAAGGGGUUAUGUGCCGGACAAUUUUACAUUCCCAUUUGUGCUUAAAGCGUGUUCCGUAAUCACUGUUUACCAUUAUGGAAGAUGUGUUCAUAAUUGCAUUGUGAAAACUGGGUUUGAGUUGGACAAGUAUGCCUCUACUUGUUUGCUUAGUAUGUAUGCUUCUUGUGCAGAUAUGAAUUCAGGCCUGAAAGUGUUUGAUAAUAUUCCUAAGUGGAAUGUAGUUGCUUGGACUAGUUUGAUUUCUGGGUUUGUUGGGAACAAUCGGGCAACUGAGGCUAUAAAGGUGUUUAAGGAUAUGGAACUUCAAAAUGUACAGCCUAAUGAGUUCACCAUGGUGCAUGUUGUAGUUGCUUGUGCUCGAAGUAGGGAUAUUGAUACUGGAAAGUUGGUUCACAGUCGUAUUCGCCAACUUGGGUUUGAUCCCUUUGGGUCAAGUUUCAAUUUCAAUAUAGUUCUUGCAACUGCCAUAUUAGAUAUGUAUGCAAAAUGUGGCAGCUUGAGAACUGCACGAGAUCUGUUCAACAAAAUGCCUCAGAGAAACUUGGUUACCUGGAAUUCCAUGAUUAGUGCUUAUAAUCAGUAUGGCCGGGCUAAGGAGGCAAUUGGUCUCUUUUCUGAUAUGCAGAAUGCUGGGUUUGCUCCGGAUGAAGCUACCUUUCUGGGUGUAAUUGGUGCUUGUGCGCAGUUGGGUGCUUUGGCAUUGGGACAAAGUCUUCAUUCAUAUGUAUCAAAAACUAGCAUGGGCAAAGACACAGCUAUUGGCACUGCCUUAGUGGACAUGUAUGCCAAAACUGGAGAUGCAGGAAGUGCUCAAAGAAUUUUUGACAAUCUGCAGAAGAAAGAUGUGAUGGCAUGGACUAGUAUUAUUACUGGUUUAGCUAUGCACGGGCAUGGUAUGGCAGCGCUACAUACUUUCAGAAAAAUGCAAGAGGAUGCUAGGGUUGUUCCAGACCAGAUCACUUACAUUGGGGUUUUAUGUGCAUGUAGCCAUGUUGGUCUUGUGGAGGAGGGUCAGAGACAUUUUGCCUCAAUGGUAAAUGUUUAUGGCAUAGAACCAACUGAAGAGCAUUAUUGCUGCAUGGUUGAUCUCUUGAGUCGAGCAGGCCGCUUUGAAGAGGCGGUGAGACUACUGGAAGAAAUGCCACUUCAACCCAAUGUUGCUGUAUGGGGAGCUCUCCUGAAUGGCUGCGAGAUACAUGAAAAUGUUGAUCUGGCUGACCAAGUGAGAAGACGCAUGACAGAAAUGGAACCUCAUGGUAGUGGAGUUUAUGUUCUUCUUUCGAAUAUAUACGCAAGGGCCGGGAGAUGGCAGGAAGUAAAGCUAGCUAGAGAAUUGAUGAAAGAUAGGAGGAUUGCCAAAAAUCUUGGUCAUAGUUCAGUCGAAAUGAAGUUGUUAAGUUCAUGA